AUGAAGCUCCUGGGAGCCAGUAACUGUCAUUUCAGUCUUUGUCUUCAGUACCUGCCACAGCGCCCACCGGGCGGCAUUGUCAUCUCGCCGUUCCGCCUGGAGGAGCUCACCAACCGGCUGGCGUCGCUGCAGCAGGAGAACAAGGUGCUCAAGAUCGAGCUGGAGACGUACAAGCUCAAGUGCAAGGCGCUGCAGGAGGAGAACCGGGACCUGCGCAAGGCCAGCGUCACCAUCCAAGCCAGGGCUGAGCAAGAGGAGGAGUUCAUCAGUAACACCUUAUUCAAGAAGAUUCAGGCCUUGCAGAAGGAGAAGGAGACGCUGGCUGUGAAUUACGAGAAGGAGGAGGAAUUCCUCACUAAUGAACUCUCCAGAAAGCUGAUGCAGCUGCAGCACGAGAAGGCAGAACUGGAGCAGCACCUGGAGCAGGAGCAGGAGUUCCAGGUCAAUAAACUGAUGAAAAAGAUCAAGAAACUGGAGAACGACACCAUCUCGAAGCAGCUCACGCUGGAGCAGCUGCGGAGGGAGAAAAUCGACCUGGAAAACACAUUGGAACAAGAACAGGAGGCACUGGUCAAUCGGCUGUGGAAGAGGAUGGACAAGCUGGAGGCGGAAAAACGCAUCUUGCAGGAGAAGCUGGACCAGCCUGUCUCUGCUCCCCCGUCGCCGCGGGAUAUCUCCAUGGAGAUCGACUCUCCAGAAAACAUGAUGCGGCACAUCCGCUUCCUAAAGAACGAAGUGGAGAGACUGAAGAAGCAGCUGCGAGCGGCCCAGUUACAGCACUCAGAGAAGAUGGCCCAGUAUUUGGAGGAAGAGCGCCACAUGCGAGAGGAAAACCUGAGGCUCCAGAGAAAACUCCAGCGGGAGAUGGAGCGGAGAGAGGCCCUUUGUCGGCAGCUUUCGGAAAGCGAAUCCAGCUUGGAGAUGGAUGACGAAAGGUAUUUUAACGAAAUGUCUGCCCAAGGAUUAAGACCUCGCACUGUGUCCAGCCCAAUCCCUUACACGCCUUCUCCCAGUUCAAGCAGGCCCAUAUCACCGGGUCUGUCAUACACGAGUCACACGGUUGGCUUCACACCCCCAACGUCGCUGACCCGAGCUGGAGUGUCUUAUUACAACUCCCCUGGACUCCACGUGCAGCACAUGGGAGCUUCCCAUGGUAUUACAAGGCCUUCACCCCGGAGAAGCAACAGUCCGGACAAAUUUAAACGCCCCACGCCUCCGCCAUCUCCGAACACACAGACUCCCGUCCAGCCACCGCCACCUCCACCCCCACCACCCAUGCAGUCGUCCCUCCCGUCCGCUGCCUCGCCACAUCCAGUGCACCCCCCCUCACAGCCCUAGUGCAUGCGCUCAAGCAGGUGGGCUGUAUCGAAGGUGGGGACUCAGGAGAUGGAGCCGUUGACAAAAAGCCAGAAGCUUCCCUGGCACCUGGGGGUCUCUAGACUUCACUAUUAAUGGCGUUGUAAAUGUUUGUCCAAAAUGCAGCCAGCCUUGUGGGUCUGUGACACUAACCCCCUAGAACAACCUUUUUCCAUCAGUGUUUACUUGAAUUUACAUGUAGGUUUAUUUUCUGGCUGAAACAUUUGCUCCUUGAUAUUUGGUAACUUGGCAAUGCGCCAUUUGCUCAGCUCUAGAGCGCUUUUUUUUUUUCCUCCUGGCUUUUAGGUUGGUAAAAUAAAAGGGAGACCUGUUUGUCUUCCCUGUCCCCCUGCCCCCAUGGCCAUUAGCAUAAAGAUGGCGGGCUCAAUGGCCCAUAUCUUAGUAAAUUUAUAAGAACCAUGGUGUCUACCAAGCAUCUGAAAGGAAAAAUUUGAAUGUCAGCUUCAUCAGCGCCCAGGAUGCGCCCAUUGAUAGACCUUUUUUCGAGUCCGCUGUUUGGUAUCCAUACUUGCCCACCGUGCUUUUCCACUGAUACAGUGUCAUAAGCCAGUGGGUAUAAUAUAUUGUUGGGUAAUUAUCACUUGUCCAGGCACACCGAACGUAAGAUUCCUGAAGCUCAAGGUGGGGCUAUUUCCUUGAUUGUUCAUGUCCACUUCCCUGUAUUGCUGUAAGCUGACCAUACCGUUAUUUCCAGCUCAGUUCUGUACAAGUCAUCUUCCCCCAUUCCCACCCACCCCCAUGUCUUGGGGGACCAAGUCAGAGAAGCUACCAACUAUGGCAUCAUGGGAGGCCAUGUUGUAAGACCGUGGAGAGCACCAGAUUUCCCUUCCUGUCCCCCACACCAUGCGCCCCUUCCCCUGCCCUGCCACCAUCACCACCAGGCGAUUUCCUAAAACACAGUGGGAAGAAGUAUCCUCAAGAAGCAGAUUCCUCCUAGAGACCGUGAUUGAGAACAGUCAUUAUAGGAAUAUCCGCCUAGUCACCAAGAGAUACCAUGUUGCUUGGUAGAAGGAAAAGGAGCGAAGUGAGUUAGCAGUCCCUAUGGGGGAGACGCUAUGGGACACUCACUGGACAGGAACUGGUGCAGUGUGUGUGGAAAGACUGGAUCCCAGGGACAGUCCUCUCAGACCCUCCGUUAGCAGCACAAGUGCGUGGUUUGGCUUCACGGCUCCAUAAAACAGAAGGCAGGCGCUCUUCCUUCACCCUAGCGAAAUGCUCCUUUGGGUUCGGCAACAGUUUCUGUUUUUGUACUUUGAUGAUAGUGAAGUGAUCUUCCCCACCUGUGUUUGCAUAUUUUGAUAUGCCGUGGACAGAAACCUUACUUACUAGAGAAUGUAUAUUUUAUGAUGAGAAUGUGUAUCUAUUCUGUUGGAUAUAAUCAAAGAACUGAAAAAUAAUUUAUCAGUCAUUUUUCUUAAGAAUUCAUGUUUUGUGACCGAACCAUCUAGAAUGCCCCCUUUUAUUGAACACAUGCCUAAAAAAAGGAACACUGUAGAUAUUAAAUAUUGUGCAGUCACGUAAACUUUCAUUUUUUGCCUUUGAAUACCUAUUUAAAAGUCUAAUGAAACUUACUGGAGUAGAGUGCUCAGUGAGUAAACUCCAGAAAGGUAAAAACCACCAUAAGAUUUUUCUUCCCUUCCUGUUUCCAUGCCAAAACAAGGAAACAUGGUUCUGACUUCUAAGCAUUUCAGAAAAAAUCAUGUGUGUGUGCUAUAUACAUUUUAUAUUUAAUAAUGUGGGUGUAUUUUACAUUGUCAUUGUGUUUUCUUAAAACAACAAUGCCAAGAAAGAUCACAUGAAUUAAGCGACCAAGUCUCCAUUCGGGUUCACAGCAGCUCCAGGGCUGACAUCUCGGUCUGCUGUUGUGACCUCUCAAACCGUGUAACUUCCUUGUGGGUUAUGCUACAUCCCCUCCCCCGCCUUCCAGCUAAUUGAGUCAGUAAGUGAAAUUACUUCUGUAACUGCCCAAGGGAUUCUCAGAGAUAGACUUAGGAAGAAUAUUAUAAAUGGCAGCGCUGCUAGAGAACAUAGCUUGCCUUUAAGAACUCAUUGCCCAGAAAAUUCAUUUACCGCAUUGAAAGCACUAAAGUCGGAGCUUUUCAAGACAGUGGAUGGGAUGAACAAAUGGUGAUUCUCUUGGGUGGAAAGAGAAGUGUGUAAGAGAUGCAUGUGAAUUACAGGCAAAAUUCUUGAAAAAUUCAGAUUUUCACAAAAGCAAAAGCCACUUUGUUCCAAAACUGAAAACUAGAAUUACCCACUGUAAAUGUAGCUCGCUCCCCCCCACCCCCACACCGUGUGUACGGCAUCUGUAGGACAAACACUGCUAAUUAGUGUGUGAUGCAAUGGUCUCGAGAAGCACUCUCUGGCCACGCUGUGUCAUGUUACAGUAUCAACCCUGUAGCUGCCCAGGACUAACCAUCCUAGGCGGUCAUUGGUUGGGUCCAUUGGAACUCAGGGGAUCAGGCAUGCUGAGCCAGAGAGAGGAAGAGAACUUUUUGUCUUUCCUGCCCUUUGCCUCAUCACUCCCCUCCUUGGCAUCCCAGCUACUGCUCUUCCUGGGUGCCCCUCCUGCACUUAUCACACCUUCAGCUGAUGCUGUGAAUUAACUGCAGUACCUGUUGGAAAGUCUGUCGUGGUACCCAUAGAGCUAGUUUUCCUACAGGCAACCUGUGGCAUAUGUGAGCAGAUCCUUGGUACUCGUCACACUGAGAGUGUAGCCAUCGCAAUUAGAUAAAGGGAUGUAAUCGUAUCUUUAUAGAUGUCAGAGAAGUGGCCUAGUGGGUGUCAGGGUUCUGCGUUAUCUCCCUUUGCAGAAUGCCGGUGGCUAGGCAGAAAGUAGAAAUUUUUAUAAGUUUUCAUGCCCCUUGCCAUCCUGUUGAGUUUGAGUUUUAAAGCGAUGAGCUCAGAAGAUAAUUACCAGCAAUCAUGGAAUGCAUGUGUGACCAGAAUGUGACUUUGACACCAAGUGCUAGCCCCCCGUGAUUGAUUGGCCUUUCUACAGUAGGACCAAAAUAGUUGUGUCAGUUAUCACUAAAUGUUACACAACUGUAAGAGAUUAGAGAUUCUGUGUUGCUCCCUUCUUGCCCCAGUAGAUACGAGAUUUUUCCCACUGGAAGCCUUGCUAGGAAAGGAAGCCUCAGACACCAGAAUGGAAGAGUAAUUUGUGCUUUGAGAUCUCACUAUUUAAAUGGAAGAGUAAUUUGUGCUUUGAGAUCUCACUAUUUUUGUUUAGCAGUACAGAAAUCUCUGUGUGGCUUGAUCUUCUGGCCAGUAGUUGUCUUGUAGGUGACCAACAUUGAAAACGUUGUAACGAGGACUGCCAAAGAAGUACAUAGCAAAAUGAUAGUUUAUUUCCAAAUGAUUAGCGAGCCAGUCAUUGAAGCUGCUACGUGAGUUCCGUGCUCAAGAGCCAUUAUAACAAAUUAAGGGAGUUUUUUUUUUUUUUUUUACAACAACAACAACAACAAAAUGAAACACCACAUACAGCUGUCAGCCUAAAAUCAUGGGGAGCGUUUUCCCAGGUGCUUGGCAGUUUUUGUAGUGAUGAGCUGCCAAGUCUGGACUGCCUCUUGUUAGGGGAUGGAGAGUAUCCGCUAUUCCUAAGGGUGUGGGAGCUGUGUGUGUGUGUGCGUGUGCGGUGUCUGUGUCUGCGUGUUCAUUCAUGCCUUAACUCUGGUUACUGCUCAAAUGUAGUUCUCAAUUUAGUCUGCCUUGUGAACUAGUUUGUAUGGUACUUCUCGAUCUGAACUUUAUCCUGGCCAAACCACCCCCCCCUUAAAAAAAAAGAAAAAGUGUCACGAACGGCAACUAAAGAACUGAUUCCUCAGAAUAUUAUUUAAUCAGGUCAACCCCAAGUCUCCUUUGGUACUCACGAAGUCAUAUAAAAGUGAACUGGAGAAGUGGAAGGAAUUCACCAAGGAAAAGAGCUUUUUCUUCUCAUCGCAACAUCUCAGUGCCCAAUGUUAGUGAUUCACCAUGGUUUGGCCCCACAGCUUGAGUAGAUUUGGAGAUGCAGUGGCAAUCUUGACAUUCUUGCUUGGUCAGAGUUUAGAGAGAUGUAAGAUUUCCAAUUAAUGUCUUUUUUUGCUUCUUUGUGUUGAUUAGUCUUUGAUACAUGUGCUGAAUCUGAAACCUGAAUAAAGAUAAUUUUUUUAAAAUGGA